AGGUUUUGUGGGGUUACACACAUGGUUACCAUAACCAUCUUUAUGGUUAACGGGAAAGGGUAAAGCUGGGUAAAGCUCAGUAAAGUCAGUUAGGUGUUAAUAGAAGAUGGAAUUACGUUUUCAUUAGUAAUUGAGUAAAACUGUAAUAAAAGGAAGCAAACAAUGGAACGCGAAGAAAAUGUGCAGGCAAAUCCAGAUCAAAUUGAAAAUGUAACUUCCAAAGCAUUUGUAUUUUCUGAACCGAACAUACUCAGUCCUCCGAAAGCUAUUAAUUUUGAGGUUACUUCGGACCAGUCAUCUGAUCAAUCCGUUAUUAAGAAGAAUGUAUUUACUUUCGCUACGCCAACGGCAGUGCCACGGCCAAGCGUUCAAAAUACACCCAUUUAUAAGUCAAGCAUUAGCGGUAAAGAAUAUAAACCCAAAAUAUCCAGACACUCGUAUAAACCAGCCGUCAAUGUAUUUGCUCAGGCACUAAAAGAUACCGCGAUGUUUGAACAAUUCAAAAAGAAUUCAAGAUCGCAAGUUACUAAAACCAAUCCAGAAAAUUCUAUAAUAUGCACAAAUGUACCUCAGUCGUUACUCACAAAAUCAGCAGCGAGGGAAUAUUUUCAGAUGUUUGGAAAUCUUCUGAAAAUAACUAUUCGUCCUAAGAAACAGAUAAUAACUGUGAUUUAUGCCACCAAAAAAGAAGCAAAUAUUGCUUACUGUAAAAGCGGCGAAUAUUUAGGAAAGAAAUUUAAUGUACAGUGGUCUAAAUUAUGCCAAUCACCAAAAUCUCCUACAAAGAAAAAAGAGUUCCCUAAAAAUCUUGUAUCUAAUUUUUUGAAAUCACCAGAUGAAGAAAUUAAAUCAGAGUUAGAUGCUAUGAUGAAUUUAGAAUAUAACUUACAUAGUAAUUACAGAGAUAAUAAUGAUGGGACUUUGGUUAAAAAAAAUAAAGUAUUACAACCAAAAAGUACAUUGAAGACUACACCUAGAGUGGAAAAAGGAUCUGCAAAGUCUGAGAAACUUAAAUCGGAUAGUCAAAUAUCGGAUCUGUUACCUAAUGCUACCUUUGAGGAACUACAAAAUAUAAUUCAUCAACCAGCAUAUACUUCUGAAGACAGAUAUAAGGUAUUAGAAGCGAGAGAUCGACUUAUUCGAAUGAGACAAGUUAAAUCUCACACAUUAGCAGCAGCUAGAGUAAUGAUUGGCACUUGUCCUGAUAUGUGUCCUGAGAAAGAACGUUUAAUGCGUGAAUCUAAAAGGCAAUUAGCAUUAUACGAAUUACAGGAAGGCAAUGAAUAUAAAAUAAAUCAUAUGAUUGCUGUAAAACAGUACUCCAGAUCUUCUGCGGAUCAGGAAGAACCAAUGGCUCACGAACUGAGACCAGUGAAAUCUUUAAAAAUGACUAUGAGUUACUUGCUUCACGAAAUAGCGAAUCUAUGCGAUCAACCGGGAACAAAUUUGGGAGAGUGGUAUCAUUUCUUAUGGGACAGAACGAGAGGGAUUCGAAAAGAUAUAACACAGCAAGAAUUAUGUUGCCCUGAUAGCGUCGAGCUUGUUGAACAAUGCGCUAGAUUUCACAUAGUAUGUUCCGAACGGCUGUGCGCAGAAGAACCAUCUAUUUUUGACAAAAGAAUUAAUUCCGAUAAUUUAACAAAAUCUUUACAAUCGUUAAAGUACAUGUACCAUGACUUGAGAGUGAAUGGAAUUAAUUGCAAGAAUGAACCUGAAUUUCGAGCGUAUAUUAUUUUAUUGAAUUUGAAUAAUAGCAAUUUUAUGUGGGAUUUACAAAGAUUGCCAAAAAGUAUACAAAAAUCACCGGAAGUACGAUUUGCGUUAGACGUAUAUUCUGCUCUGGACUCGAAUGACUAUUAUAAAUUUUUUAAACUUGUUCGAAAAACGACGUAUUUGAAUGCGUGCAUCUUACUUAGAUAUUUCAAUCAAGUAAGAUUGAAGGCAUUGUCAGUAAUGGUAAAAGCCUAUUGCAGAACUGCAUCAACGGCAUAUCCGCUAUACGAACUGAUAGAUGUUCUAGGUUUUGAAGAUGAAAAUGAAGCUGUUUACUUCUGCGAGCAAAUAGGUUUAAAUGUUUCAAAGGAUGAACUACAUAUACUGCUGAAUCGACAAAAUUUCACCAUGCCUGUAUUAAAUAUAAAACAAAAUAGAGCUUGUAAUGUAAUAGAGUACAAAAGGACUAUGAGAGAACUAUCUAUUGGAGAAUGUAUAGCAGCAGGAGAGAUGCCAGAAAAGACUUACAAAUACCACAAACCACACAACAGUUUCGAUUCAAGUGGUUAUUUAAUGCCUGACUCAGUUAAUGCAGAAGAUCAAAAUAAAACUGUUACUAGUAAAUUAAACGACCCAUAUGAGUAUAUAGAUGAAGACACAAUAGAAACUGAGGAGCCUGUAACAAUAUCCGAAAAAGAUCGAAAUAAAACUGAAACUGUAAUUACUGUUGAUCAUACAGAUUCGUUUAAACCAGUUACAGAUACCAAACUCAAUGUAAAUGCCUUCAUACCUAUGAAAUCUGAUACUACUGUUCCCUUCGCUUUCAAACCUCAGAUGCAAGUCAAGGAAUCUCAAAUCAAUGUAAAUGUAAUACAAAAACCAAAAGUAGAAAAACAAAAGGAUACAAAUAUAUUUAGUUUUACAUCAAAACAAAAAAAUAUUGUACCAAAUUUAAAUAAAACUAGCGAAUCUUCGCCUUCAUCUAACGCGUUCAAUAAUACAUCGAUAACUACAAACGUUUCUAAUAUAUUCUCUAAGCCAGUUGAAUCGUCACAAUACAAUAGCGUCGCUUCACCAUUUGCAACAACUACAAAUAAAAGUAUAUUUUCUGGAGCUGCUCAGGGAAAUAUAUUUACGAGAAAUCUUACUCCUUCCACGAUAUUUUCUAAUACGUACUCGAAUACUCAAUCUGCUUCAAAAUCAUCAAAUGUCCCGAGUACUGUGACUGCAGCAAAGGAUAAUAAAAUAAAAGAGACAAAGAGAUUUUCUGCACCUAUGGAACAAGCGCAAACUGAAACUUCGGAACAAGUAAAAACUGAAAAAUUAAAAGAACAAGCAAAUGCUAAAAACAUGCAGCGCGUCAACGAAACUGCAAACGAAAUUUUGAAUACUUUACAGACAGAAAUUGUGGAAGCUUAUUGUUCCGAAUUAGUAAGAGAGGAAAUUAAUAAAAUAAAUAUUUGUAACACAUUAUGCAAGGAUAUUAGUAAUCAAAUUUUAAAUGAAGUUACACACGAAAUAUGCGAUAGUAUUUUACAAGAAGAAAUUGGCAAUAAACAAAAAUUGCAUGAAAUAUCAAUGAGAAUAAAAAAUAGAACGUUUAUAAAAUAUUUUAAUAUAUGGAAAUGUAAUGCAUUGAAAAAGAAGCAGCAAAGAAAAGCAUUAGAUAGUACACCUGUCUGGCUGCAAAAACUCUCUAGUAAACAAUGCGCAAAAUUAUUAUAUUCUAAAGACCAAGAUCUAGUUAUACAAAAUAUGUGUAAAAGACGGGAUAAACAGAAAACCACAAAAUCAUAUAUCGAUUUGUUAGCACCAAUUGAAGUUAUAAUUUACAUGGGUAUUAAAGAAAAUUUGAAAUGUUUGCAAAUAAAUAUGCAUUCGAAUUAUUAUUGGAAAUUAGUUAUUUCUUGGCCAGACUUACAUAAUAAACCAGUUUUAUGGCAUCACAAAAAAAUAAUGAAUCAAUAUCUAUAUCCUGAUGAUUAUACUGCAGAUCCUAUUAUAAAGCUGUAUCAGUCGAAUCAAGUUGAAACUUUACAUAUUUGCAUUAGACACUUUGAAGGUCUGAUUAGUGACCAUAACUUAAUAGGAUCGGAUGCUCUCCUAUUUAUAGCAGAUGCCGCUGAAGACAUUAAAUUUGUAAUAAAACGUUUAAUGAAUGCUGUAUUGUCAAGGGAUAGACUUAUGCCUAUACCUCUUGUUUUCAUUGUUUUCGGUGAUGUACAUCGCGAAACACAAGAUAAACUAGUUGUUCCUAUCCUAGAAAAAUUAUUGAAAGCAGGAUAUUUGUCAACAUAUACGAGUAUGUACGAAAAGGAAUUAACUGAAAAAACAAUUUUAAAUCUGAUCCAAAGUACGGUACUUUGGUUGUCCAUAAAUAAAUCACCUAAAAAUCCAUUAGAAAUGGAUUACUUACAAAACAUUUAUGAUAUUUGCUUAACAGAAGAAUUAUGGCUAAGGAUAUUGGAUGAUUCACCUUUUAAUGAAAAAUUAUCACACGCUCUGAAGGAACCCAAAUUCAUAAUUGAUUUACAUAAUGAAGCAGUUACUCAUCUAAUAGACAUAAUAUUGGAUCCAGAAUCUUUCAUGUAUACCGAGUUUGCUCCAGAAUUUAACAAAUUUAUCAAAAAUCAGUAUAUGAUGCCAUGCAGUUACGAGUAUUUUGAUGAUACUUGGAAGAAAGAGGAUUAUAAGGCAACAUUGGAAAAAGUGAUGUCUAGUUUUAAAUUGCCUCAAUGGAAAUACUCAUGGCCAAUAAAUGACAGUAGCACACUUUAUCAAAGCAUAACCAAUUACUGUCAAGAAGCAUUGCUCAAUGCUAACAGUAACGAAGUAUCCUGUAAUAUAUUAAGUCAUUUAUUUUUUACAUCUGAUAUUUCGAAUGUAUCGAACUUCGUCGAUGUUCUAUUAUAUAUUGUAAAAAGAAAGGCACAUCUUAUUGACAGAGAUUUGAAAGUGGUUUACAACAAGAAUCACAUAAAACACUUUCGAACUUUACCAUGGUGGUUGAAAUCUAACUUAUUAACUGAAUACACGAUUGUACCGAACGAACUUAGUAUGCAAGAAACUGAGCAGAAAAACGGAAAAGAAAACAAUAUUAGCGAACCAAUUAUAAAAAAACGAAAAAUACAUAAAUCUCUAGAAAAUGACUUCAAACUUGAACCAUUAGCAGAAUUUUGUGAAAACAGUCAAAGUCAAGUAAUGGAAGUACAUUAUAUCUCAAAACAGAUCGAAGAUCGUCUAAAGGCACAUCAACAACAGAGUUCCUUAUUUGAGGAAAGAUUGAAGAAUGCCUUGUUCGAUGAAGUUGAAGGUAUUUAAUAAUACGUAGAUAUGAAGACUAAGUUCGCUCCUUUGAAAGUUUGACAACGCCUCGAAUACUACUGUAUUUUAAAGUAUUUUUAUGAUAUACGAUUGUAUAGUGACAUAUAAAAACAAACAUAUACAUACAAACUUUUUAAUAUAAGAAUUUUUAAUCACAAGACUUCCGUAGGAUAUACAAAGUAGUAUAAGUCGCAAUAUUUAUUACGAAAUUAUGUAAUUUUAUGUUACGUUUAAAAUAUAUAAACCCUCUAAUAUUUUGUAUAUAAUUUUUCAGUCAAUAUAUCGGAAUAUAUGUGUAUAAAUAGA